CAGUUCGGACAUCGGGACUGAAGAUAACGUACAUAUAUUACUAGGUGUGAGACGCUGACCCUAGGUUUAUGGUUACUCAUUAUUCCGCAUCACUUAUUCCUUCAUACGUAUAAAAUAGACGUUCGGUUCUUGAAAGUAGAUAACAAAGCCUAAUCUAUGUAUUCUAAAACUCUAGAAGAUACAAUUAGGUUACAAUCCGGUCACUAAUGUUAUAUACCCAUAAAUACGAGACCAAGGAAGAACAAAACAGUGUAGUCGGAUAGAAUAGUAUAUUUGGGUGGUCGUGCCAAGAUACCGAUGCGUUCCAACUAACUGGCUAGAGAGUCGAUUACGAGCAGUGCAACGUAACACGACAACGUGCUGAAUGGCGAGGAUGCUUGAUCAUGUGACUUCAGUCUAGCGAGUCCGGUAAAACUGUAAGGGUCAGCAUUAAUGUUAAAUCUCGUUGAACCCUAGGCUAUUGAUUCUGGAGAAAGGUUUGACGCUACGGAUCAAGUUUAUGCGGAUGAAGUUUGUGGUUCAGUUUUCUUGUGGACAACUUGAAACUAAAUCAUAACUCACAAUGAACUCACUCGAAAAAGUGAACUAAUUAGCCGCAGUUUAGCUGUUUAGUGUAGUGCGAAUGAACGAAGUUCAGCAACAUUCGUAUUUUAUAUUGAUUAUUUUACGAUAUUUUAUUUUAGUAUGAUGGACUAACUACAUUGAUGAAUCAACUUACUGUUCAAAUUACUGUCUUCUCGAGUAUAUUCAUAAUUUAAUCUCCUUAAGAAUCAUUCAAUGUUAUUGUUGACGGUGAUAGAAGUCUAAUCUGAAUUGAAUUACUAUCGACAAGAAAUAAAGAAUACAGAGUAGGUGUUCUAUCAUGUCGUCGAGACCUCAACUAGUUAAAAGACCGCCUUUAAAAGAAUUGAAAUCAGAAGAACCUUUAACAUCAGGAUUUAAAUACUAUUCAUGCCAAGGGAAACUAACAAUUCCAAAUAUUUGUCAAGAUUUGGCAUUUUCAACGGAAGAUCUUGUAGAUGAAGGAGAGAUAGGUAGGGGUGCAUAUGGAUUUGUUAAUCGUAUGCUGCAUACACCUACUCAGACAGUGAUGGCAGUCAAGAGAAUUCGUUCAACAUUAAAUGAACGAGAACAAAGAAAUACACUUAAAGAUUUAGAUGUUGUUAUGAAUUCAUCAAAUUGUCCUAAUAUUGUACUAUUUUAUGGAGCACUUUUCAAAGAGGGUGAUUGUUGGAUUUGUAUGGAGAUGAUGUCUACUUCAUUGGAUAAAUUCUACAAAUUUGUUUAUAAUCAUUUACAGUCAAGAAUUCCUGAAAGUAUACUUGGUAAAAUUACUACAGCUACUGUUUCAGCAUUGGAUUACUUAAAAACGGCUCUAAAAGUCAUUCACAGAGAUGUAAAACCGUCAAAUAUUCUUAUGGAUUGCAAUGGUAAUGUGAAGUUGUGUGACUUUGGUAUCUCUGGUCAACUAGUCGAUAGUAUUGCCCGAUCACGUGAUGCUGGAUGUAAACCAUACAUGGCACCAGAACGCAUCCAUCCAGAUUUAAGUGUUAAUGGAUAUGAUAUUCGUUCAGAUGUGUGGAGUUUAGGCAUCACAUUAAUAGAACUAGCCACUGGUCAAUUUCCUUAUCCAGUUUGGAAUUCUGUCUUCGAACAACUCACUUGUGUACUUCACGAUGAUCCACCUAGGUUACCAGAAUAUUUAAGAAGACCAAUUCAAACAUCAUCUUCUACAACAACACUUGUCAGUAUUGAUUAUCAUCCAAAUAAUGCCAACAGUAAUUUAAAUAUUUCAAAUGGAUCUUCUUCAUCAACAGAUUUUUCAUUAGAAUUUCGUGAUUUUGUUUCUCAAUGUUUAAAGAAAGAAGUUAAAUCUCGACCGAAAUAUCAAGCACUCAUGAAUCAUCCAUUUUAUCUACGAUCAAUUACUGAGAUUGUUGAUGUUGGCAGAUACUUUCAGUCUGUAUUGGAUAAAGUUCCAGCUGAUAUGAAUAUGAAUGAACUAUGUGCAAUAAGUGGAUGAUAUGAAAUUUCAAAAUGAAAAUAAAAUAAUUUUAAUCAUUCCAUAUUAUUGCGUAUAUAUAUUAUACCGUUUCAGAGAAUUUAAAAUGUAACUGUAUUAUUUCGCGCCAUAUACUUUCAAUAUUCAACGUGUUAUUUAAACAAACAAAGAUUAUAAAAUUAGUCUUAAUGCGUAUGUAUAUAUAUACAUAACCUUAUUUCAUAUGAUAUAUUUUUUCUGUGUUCUUUUGCCGUAUAAAUUUUCCACACUUUCACACAAUCAUGACUAACUUAUAUCCCAUAUAUGUUUCGUCCUUAACUUAUGUUGUUUCAUCAUCAGUUAUAUGAAGACUUUUAUCGCCUAUUUUCAUAAGAAGUUUGUAUAGAUUAUAGUGUUGUAUUACUUCUUCUCUCUCUCUCUCUCUCUCCCAGCAUACCAUUUAUAAAUUUUUUUACUAGUGUCACUAUGCUUAUUAUUACUGCUAUAAUAAUGAUGACCAUUACUAUCAUUAUUAUUAAAAUUACCAUUAUUAUUGUCAUAAUAGUUCAACACUCCUGUAUAUUUCAUCUUCUCAUAUCUCUGUGUAUUGGCGGGGUAUGGUUCUCUGUAAAUUUGGCUGUGACAAUCAAGUUCUACGCAUUAUUAUUUAGAGAAAGAUAUGAGCGCCAUCAUUACAUUUCAAUAAUGUGUAUGCAUUUGUGCAUGCGCCUUACAUCAACGUAAUUAUCAUGAUUAUUUGUGUCGUCAUUGUAUAUUAUAUUACAAGUAAAAGAUUGGAAUU